AUGCAGCCGGUUGUAUAUACUAUUGCACAAUAUUAUGAAACACCAAGAGUUUCAAAUCCUCUAAGUUCACAAAGCUACGAACUUGAAGAAUAUCGUGACGACAAUAAAAAAAAAUUUUCUGGUAGAAAUAUAGUUGAUUCACGUUCUGAGUCUAAUCCGUUGUACGACACGUAUGAACCGUUAACAUCUUCAAAGUUCAAUGGUAGAUACCAGUUGGAGCCACGAUCCACUUCAUCAUCGGAUUUUAUCGAUCCUAAACAAAGAAGAUCACCGACUAAUUAUAGGUCACCAUCGCCACAUUUUGCUAAUCAUUUUCCAAAUUCAUUCAAUAACCAUACGGAUGAAUCGUCACCACAUAAUCGUUACAUACCGAUUGAUACCGAUCAUCAACAAAUACGAUUCGAUGAUCAUCAUCAACAACAACAACAACAAUCAAUAUCCUCUAGAACUAAGGGGAAGAAAGUUGAGUCUACUAACAGCACGGUUGCCAGUGAAGUUGAAUUAUUGAUGGAUAAAGACAAAAUGGGAGACAAUGAAAAACCACCAGAACAUGGACGCCGAACAAGACGAAGAUUGCUAAAUAAUUUAUUGGAUUUUAUGGCUAUAGUGGCUACCGCUCUCAUAUUUUGUAUAAUUUAUCUACUUGUCAAGCCAGUUCAACGAGGAUUCUACUGCGAUGAUAAAACGAUCAUGUAUCCGUUCAGAGAAGAUACUAUCCCAAUGUGGUUAUUAGGCAUUUAUGGUGGCAUCUGUCCUGUGAUUAUUUUUUUUAUUGUUGAAAUAUGGGUAGUUCGCCCGUUUCAUUGUCGUAGAGGACAUGGUGGUUCUAGUUUGAAACAACGUCAACUCGAUUAUGCAAAAGCAAUAUUUCACACCGUCUUUUUAUUUGGUCUAGGGAUAGCAGUUUGUUUUCUUAUCACAGAAGUUGGAAAACGUACAAUUGGACGUUUAAGACCAUAUUAUCUUACGGUAUGCAAUCCAACAUGGUCUCAAAUUAUCUGCUCGAAAAAUGUAAUGACGGCCAGUGGCAUGAUGACAAUUCCUCAAUACGUUUGGGAUCAUAAUUGUAAUCCAAAUGUGUCAUUAUCUAUACUUCAAGAAGCUCGUUUAUCAUUUCCGAGUGGACACUCUAGUUUUUCUACAUUUGCCUUUAUUUUUCUAUUCGUCUAUUUUGAAGCACGACUCGUUUGUCCUGAUAUACAAUUUUUAAAACCAUUUUUACAAUGUUUAUGUAUUGCUGUUGCAUUUUUUACAUGUCUAUCAAGAGUAACAGAUAACAAACAUCAUCCAACAGAUGUGAUUGGUGGUGCUCUCAUCGGAUUUAGCAUUGCAAUUUUCACUGCUGUAAGAGUUGGUACUUACUUAUGGUCACUCUCGGUUUACUGUGAAACAGAUGAAGAAACAGAAAAAGAUCGUUUACCGAAAGAGGAGCGUAUACCUGUACCAGGAGUAGAUUCAUCUAAUAGAGGAAGUGAACCUGGCCCCACGUCUGAAACACAAUAUCCAAAACCAGGUUUUGGUAAUGCAUUAUUAUCAGGUGCAACAAAUCGAAAUGUAAAUCGUGGUAAUUAUGAUAAUGUAACACCGAUAUCCAUCUCGAUAACAGGAUCAAAAGGUCAUGCUGGAAGAAGACAAUCGCCUAACAAAACAUUUGAUGAAGCGCCUGUAUGA